AACGUGGCUUAAUGCUGCCCGCCACAGAAUGCUCUAUGGAAUUUACGGUUUGUCUGUAGUCCGAAGUCCAAGUCCCGUCUUCUACCGGUAUCGUGACUACCGCCUACUGCUACAGUUUCGUUGAGAUUUUGAGAAUUAGGAUUUUAAUUGCUUGAAGAGUUAAUUCCAGGUCCGAAGGCUUCCUCUUAGAAGAUCCUCUCGACGAGUGAGGACAGAAAAACGACAAUCAAAAACUUCUUCUACACAUCUAUUUAUAUCUUCACAAGGUUUGACUUUCCAAGGGGCUCCGCUGUCAUUGAGCUCUGGUUUCUAGGGUUUGAAAAUUCAUCUGCAGAUUCAAACGAAGCAGGCUUUGGGUUUGGGUUUCCGUGAUGCAUCUUGCUAUCGGUAGAAGAAAAUGAAAGCUAUGAAAAAAUUCGCAGAGGUUCCACUUCCUUUCUCUGGAAUAUCGGAUCCUUUCAUUGAAAGAGGCGAUGACAGUCGGAGAUUGUCCGGUUGGCUGUCUGAUUGCCAUGGCGUGUGGUACAAUGUUUCGUUGAUUGUUCCUCCGGUUCUCUUUGUUGUGUACCUCUCGUUGCAGGCCAAGAAGAGCUUCACGAAGCUCUCUCAUGGCAGGUCCUACAUCAUGAUUGCAUAUUACGGGCUACUAUGGCUCGUUAGUGUUCUCAAUCUUGCUUGGUGCUCCCUGCAGACAUGGGAGUGCACUUCUGGGAAGGAAUUUUCGUGGAAUCUUUUAUCGAUGUUUACAACAUCUGGGAUGCUAUUCUUGGAAAUUAGCUUGAUGGCCUUUUUACUUCAAGGGAAUUAUGCUAGUGGGUUGGAUGGUCUAACACGCACUUUUGUUGUCUCCGGGAUCGUUGUUGGUGCAGAUGUACUUCUUAAGGCAAUUUAUGUGUUUGGUUUUGAGAUUCCACUGUUCAUUGAUGAUGAGGAAACCACGCAUAAGGUGAAGUGGGGGUUGUGGGUUGUCCACAAGUUAUUGCUUACCGCUGUGUAUGGCGUCAUUUUGUGUAUGUAUCACUCGAAAUGGAGAGAUAAGUUACCAGCUAGACCAGCAUUCUACAACUAUAUCAUUGUGAUGUUCUCGUUGAAUGUAGCUGCAUUGUUUGCAUGUGGACUCAUGGGAAAUGGUGUUGGCUUUGGUUUCUGGCUGUACAAUCUCACCACUAUUUGCUAUCAUGCCUUUUAUCUUCCCCUGCUGUAUAUUACAUUUCUGGCAGACUUCUUCCAGGAGGAAGAUAUGCGAUUGGAAAAUGCUUAUUACUCUGAGAUGAAGGACGCUGGGUUCUUUGAUGCUGAUUGGGAUUGAUCCAGCUACUCGUUUAUAUUCCAAGAUUUUUGUGCAGUGUAUAUAGAUAUAUAAGAUAAUGCUUACAUUGGGUUAGGUAGUACAAAUUGUUGUGCUAUAAGUCAGAAGGGUCCGUAAAAAUGCUGCAAUAUAUGCCUUCUCGAGAGGAGUUGGGAAAACGCUGGAGUAGUUAAUGAUGAUGCCAUCACGAGAUGAAGAAACUAACUUGGAAAAAAAAAAAAAAAUGUGAGGAAGAACCCAAUAAGAUUAAACCAGGUGGUGAUAUGAUGCAAUGACUGCUUUUGUGUUCGGAAAUGAAGAUUGGCAAAGCGAUGGAACCAGAGUGGAACUAAAAAGUAGUUGUAAGACUUGGCGUUCGAAGUCUGUUGGAUUGGAUUUUUUCUUUUUUCUAAAUUUCUAGAAAACUGGAUCUUUGUUUGAUUGUAAUAGCGGUGACGAAGAACGAAGAACUGCAAAGUUGUAGCAAGACUUGGAUGCUCAAACUCUAUUUGGUGUUUUAUGUGUACGUACAUCUUUGGGUGGAACA